CCGUACAGAUGGUGCUGCAGGGGGUCCAUUGCUGAUGCCAGGCGAUCCCCAGGGAGAUACGGCUGUGCUCCUGCUCAGAGAGGGGCCAUGGCUGCCCAGGUGGCUCCCCCAGCCGCUCUCAGGCUCCAGUUCCAGCCCCCACCGGGAUGUGGCCUGGUUCCCAAAGAGGAAGUGGAGGAGCCGGAUGCCCACGGACCCGUCGACAUGGAGAUGCAUCGUCUGCGCUUCAGGGGUUUCCACUACCAGGAGGCUGAGGGGCCCCGGCAGGCGUACGACCACCUCUGCCUACUCUCCCGGGCGUGGCUGAGGCCGGAGCAGCGCUCCAAGGACCAGUUGCUGGAGCUGCUGGUGCUGGAGCAGUUCCUGAGCAUCCUGCCCCAGGAGAUCCAGAGCUGGGUAGGGGGGUGUCACCCCCAGACCGGGGAGCAGGCCGUGGCUCUGGCGGAGGGUUUCCAGUUAGCCAAGGAAGAGCCCGGAAUAUGGCCACAGCAGGAGGAGCUGGUGACAUGGAAGGAGGAGACUGUGUGUUCCUCUGGGGCAGAGCUGGAUCCAGGACAGGGUGAGAUCUGCAGGGAGGUUAAGGAGGACACUCUCAUUUUGCUGGAAGGAUUCACCAUCCCUGACCUGGCUGCGAUCCCCCGGAUGGAGCCAGGGGAAGAGCCGAGGGUCCCAAAUCUCCAGGGCUCUGAGGAAAGGGAAAUCCCGAAAGGCGCCCACAGAGCAGGUGCCGGGACAGACCACGGGAAUCCCCAAUGGGAAGGACCUGUGGGAGCUGAGCCACCUGGGAUGUCCCGGAGCCCCGAGCAGGGAGAUGCCUGUGGGGCAGCAUGGCUGCAGGGAGAUCCCCCAGGGGAGGAGAGACCUGCUGGGUGUGGUGAGCCCCAGCCUCAGGGAACCCCCAUGGGACAGAAACCCUGUAAAUGCCCUGACUGCGGGAAGAGCUUCAGGUGGAACUCGGCGCUCCUCCACCACCAGCGAUCCCACACGGGGGAAAAACCUCAUCGGUGCAGGGAAUGUGGGCAAAGUUUUGGGCAGAAAUCCACCCUGACUAGGCACCUGAGGAUCCACACUGGAGAGAGACCUUAUACGUGUGCCCAGUGUGGGAAAAGCUUUAGCCAGAAGUACAGCCUGUCCCAGCAUCAGAUGACGCACCAGCAAGAGAGACCUCACACAUGUACCGCAUGUGGGCAAAGCUUCGCUCUCAAAUCGUACCUUGUUCGACACUUGGUGAAACGCCACAUGGGACAGAAACCCCAUAAAUGCCUCCAUUGUGGGAAGCAGUUUGCUUGGAACUCAGACCUGAGGAAGCACCAGACAACCCACACGGGGCAGCGCCCCUACAGAUGUCCCCAGUGCGGGGUAGGGUUCACCCAGAGGUUCAGCCUCCUAACACAUCAGAGGACCCACAUGAACGAGAGACCCUACGAAUGCCCCCACUGUGACAAGAGCUUCAACAGGAGAUCGGGGCUUGUCAAGCAUCAGAAGACCCACACGGGGGAAAAACCUCAUGAGUGCACUGAAUGCGGGCAAGGCUUCGGGCAGAAAUCAAACCUGACUAGACAUCUGAGGAUCCACGCUGGGGAGAGACCCUACAAAUGUACCAAAUGUGGGAAAAGCUUCACUCAGAAAUCGAACCUGGUUCAACACUUGAUGAAACGUCACGUGGGAGAGAAACGUGAUGCAGCAAAUGAGCCGGUGACGUGGGAGAAGGAGGCUGCGUGUUCCUCCAGGGCAGAGCGGGCAGCGCUGGCCCCAGAGCAGGGCAAGAUCUGCAGGGAGGUGAAGGAGGAGAAUAAAGAAGAGCCUCUGAUCUCACCGGGAUUCCCCGUCCCCGACCUGGCCAUGGUCUCUCGAGUGGAGCGAGGGGAAAAGCCGAGGGUCCCGGAUCUCCAGGGCUCUGAGGAAAGGGAGACCCCGAGAGGCGCCCACGCAGGUGCCAGGACAGAGGGGGAGACUUCGCAGCAGGAAGAGGCUGCAGGAGCAGAGCCGAACGGGAUGUCCCGGAGCCCUGAGUGGGAAGACCCCGGUGGAGCAGGAUGGCAGCAGGGAGACUCCAUGGUGGAGGAGAGACCUGCUGGGGGUGAUGAUCAUAAUCCUCAGAGAUCCCACACGGGACAGAAACCCCAUAAAUGCCCCGACUGCGGGAAGAGUUUCAGGGGGAACUCGGCGCUCCUCCAUCACCAGCAAUCCCACGCAGGGGAAAAACCUCAUCAGUGCAGGGAAUGUGGGCAAAGCUUUGUGCAGAAAUCAAACUUGACUAGACAUCUGAAGGUCCACACUGGGGAGAGACCCUAUACAUGUCCCCAGUGUGGGAAAAGCUUUCGUGAGAAGUGCAACCUUUCCCAGCAUCAGUUAAUGCACCAGCAAGAGAGACCUCACAGAUGUACUGAAUGUGGGCAAAGUUUUGUGCAGAAAUCAACCCUGACCAGACACCUGAAGGUCCACACCGGGGAGAGACCCUACACAUGUCCCCAGUGUGGGAAAAGCUUUCGUCAGAAGUACAGCCUUUCCCAGCAUCAGUUAAGGCACCGGGAAGAGAGACCUCACAAAUGUACCACAUGCAGGCAAAGCUUCGCUCUCAAAUCGUACCUUGUUCAACACUUGAUGAAAUGCCACAUAGAAGAGAAAUCCUAUAAAUGCCCCGAUUGUGGGAAACUGUUUGCUCGGAGCUCAUACCUUAGGAAGCACCAAAUGACCCACAUGGGGGAACGUCCCACAGAUAUAUCCAGUGCAGGGUAGGGUUCACCCAGAGGUUCAACCUUCUGGUGCAUCAGAGGACCCACACAGGUGAAAGACCCUACGGCUUCUUGGACUAUGGGAACAGCUUCAAUGGGAGAUUGGGGCUUAUCCAGCACCAGAAGACUCACAUGGGGGGGAAAACCUCAUGAGCGCACUGAAUGCGGGCAAGGUUCAGGCAGAAAUCAAACCCGACUAAGCCACCAGCAGCAGUGCAGUGCAAUAGGGUCCUAAGUCUGCUGUAAAAAGUGAUAUUAAUAAAGUUUCUUCGCGCCCCUCACCAGAGAAUCUCAGACACCCCUCCCACUUGGUGCACCACUGGUCUAGUCCAGCUCUUCCCCACCUCAGGGAAGAGGCUGGCACAGCCCCUGACUCGUGACCCCCAUGUAAUAACCUCACAACCCUCAGUUUGAGAAGUCUUGAUCUAAGACACUUGUCCACAGAUCAGCCAAGGUCUGGAGUUCCACUUCUUCCCAAAAACAGAACCUAAAAUGGCUGAAUGAGAUUAUUGUUAAUUGCCUAAGCAUGAAUCUCACUCAUAGUUGUCAUAUGGAUAAAGCCUCUUUCUCACUCCCAAUAUAGUUAAAAAACCUCCAAAAAGUCACCAAGUAGAGUGAUACCCUGCUUCCCCAUGGCACACUGGGGGUGGAUCAAAUGAUGGGUGGGGAAGCUGGCAAAAUGUCUGUUACCCCAAGAAACCAAAGCACAUGUUUUCAUCCCAAAUGUGAAACUAUAUAUCUGUUGUGCUUAUCAAUCAAAUAUACCAUUGAUGAUCUGUUUUGUCCUAUCAAUAUGUCCUCCACCCCAAAUUUAGAAGCUGCACACUUGUCUGCUCUGUGAAUCAGAUAAACUCUCUCUCUCUCUAGGAUGAUAAUGUUUUUUGUGCUAUUGUGAGAACUAAAUAGUAUGAAAUGCUUAUAUACAAUGAAAGAAUGUAUGGAAUUUAUCCACCAAA